AACAACUCUACAAGACUCCACAACUGCACUAUACAAAUCUGCAACAAAUAUAAUUGCUUUCCAGCAACAUCAACACAACAUUCUCAAGCUGCAGAGUUAAUGUCUUUGAGCUUGGCAAACAAUGAUGCCAUCAGUCUGUAUGCGAUCUGCACAUUUAGAAAUGAUUCUACUGCUCAGGAGGUUAAUAAAGUUACUGUGUAUCACGAGUUCAGAGACAACACAAGGAACAUCUCAACCCUAGGAAGCUAUUUACUGGACAAUAACAGCCUUUAUGUAAAUGGUUACCAUGAAUCAACUCCUUCAUCAACGGUAUCACCAAUUAUGAGCACAACUCCAAGCCUUCAAACACAACCCUUUGAUUUCAAUGUGACCUUCAUUAUUACUAACCUGAUCCUUACAGCAAAUCUACAGUCUCCCAAUUCUGCACUGUACAAAUCUGCAGCAAACAUAAUUACUUAUCAGAUGAACAACCUGUUUACUAACAGCAAGAUCAACAGAACAUUCUCAAGCUGUAGAGUUCGCCCUUUCAUCUUGGCAAAUAUUGAGGACACCAAUGUGGACGCAGUCUGCACUUUCGGAAAUGACUCUAACCGUCAGGAAGUUAAUAAAGUCACCGUAUACCACACAUUCAGAGACAACGCCAAGAGCAUCUCCACCUUAGGAGCAUAUUCACUGGACAAUAGUAGGCUCUAUGUAAAUGGCUACCACGAAUCUGUUCCUUCUUCCACCAUAUCACCAAUUAUGAGCACAACUCUAAACCUGCAAACAAAGCCCUUUGAUUUCAAUGUGACUUUCAUUAUUACUAACCUGAUCCUGACUGCAACUCUACAAUCAUCCAGUUCUGCACUGUACAAAUCUGCAGCAAAUAUUAUUGUUUAUCAGAUGAACAACCUGUUUACCAACAGCAAAAUCAACAGAACAUUCUUAAGCUGCAAAGUUUGCUCUUUCAGCCUGGCAAAUAUUGAGGACACCAGUGUGGAUGCAAUUUGUUCUUUCAGAAAUGACUCCAAUCCUCAGGAAGUUAAUAAAGUCACCGUAUACCACACAUUCAGAGACAAUACAAAGAGCAUCUCCAUCUUAGGAGCAUAUUCACUGGACCAUACCAGCCUCUAUGUCAAUGAUUACCACGAAUCUGUUCCUUCCUCCACAGUAUCACCAACUGUGAGCACAACACCAAACCUGCAAACACAGCUUUUUGAUUUCAAUGUGACCUUCAUUAUUACUAACCUGGCCCUGACUGCAACAUUACAAUCUUCCAGUUCUGCACUGUAUAAAUCUGCAGCAAAUAUUAUUGCUUAUCAGUUAAAUAACCUGUUUACAAACAGCAAGAUCAACAGAACAUUCUCAAGAUGUAGAGUUCGUUCUUUCAGCCUGGCAAAUAUUGAGGACACCAGUGUGGACGCUGUCUGUUCUUUCAGAAAUGACUCUAAUCCUCAGGAAGUUAAUAAAGUCACCAUAUACCAUACAUUCAGAGACAAUACAAACAGAUUCUCCACCUUAGGAGCAUAUUCACUGGACCAUACCAGCCUCUAUGUCAAUGAUUACCACAAAUCUGUUCCUUCCUCCACUGAAGAGCCGGUUGUGAUAGUGACACAAUCUCCAAAUGAGGGGACAAGAUCCACUGACUUUAAUGUCACCUUCACAAUUAGUAACCUGACAUUCGUAUCAGAUUUACAAAACCUCAGUUCCUCUCAAUAUCAAGCUACAUCAAGCCUUGUUAUUAAUUCGCUCAGGAAUCUCUACAGAAAAAGCAAGAUAAAGAAAGCAUUCUUACAUUGUAAACUUGCAUCUUUCAGGCCUGGAAAUGAAGGCAAGACUAAGGUUAAAGCAAUCUGUUCUUUUAAAAAUAACCCCACUGUGAAUGAAGUUGAUAAAGCCACUGUUUAUAAUGAGUUCAGAGACAACACUGAGAAAAUCACUGCAUUGGGAAAAUAUGCAUUGAACAAAGACAGCCUUUACGUAAAUGGCUAUCAAGAAUUGAAACCAACUAUAACACCAACUAUAACUUUACCUGCAGUCUGGGAAGGAGACUUGCCAUUUGAGCUUAACUUCACAAUAAUAAACAGAAAUUUUACUGAAGCACUUAACGACACAAAUUCUCCUGAAUAUCAAAACAUUGCUGCCAAUAUUACCAGGAUGCUCACAGGAUUAUUUAAAAAGAGCUCUUUAAAGAAGAGUUACCGCACCUCUAAAGUUACAGGACUGAGACGUGGAUCAGUUAAAUGCACCUGCUUGAGCUACUUCAACCCCAACAAUGCAAAUGAACUAGUAACAGCAGAAAAAGUCAGAACAGAAUUCGCUAUUGCAACAAAUGAAACAACCUUACUUGGAAAUGUCUAUCAGCUAAAAAGUAACAGCUUAACAGUGGAAGCUAAAGCACCGAUUUCUGACAACAAAGUCGAAAUUCCAUACUGGGGAAUCAUACUCAUUGUUCUAGCCGCACUCCUUGUUCUAUUUCUGUUCAUCCUUGGAGGUAUACUGAUUGCAUUGUGCUUGAAAAGAAAGUACCUGGGGUCCUACAACAUGAUGCAAAACCCUGCUGGCUUCUACUUUCCACAUCAAAAAUUCUAUUGACAAGGAGCAUUAAUGAUAAAAAAAAACUGGUGAUAAACAGCAAAAAUGCAAAUUAGAAAAUGAUUAAAGUAGAAAUAGCAUGUUAUAAUUAUGUAACUAAAUGGAACUAAUCCAAAUGAAUUAUUUGUUGCAACUCUCUGCAUUCCUCUACGAAACUUUUAAGACUUUACUUGAAGAAAAGCACUAAAGGAAAAUAGCAGUCAAAAAAUAUUUUAUAUUGAUGACAAAAUGUUUAGGUAUUAAAGCUAAAAAAUAUUAAAAGUGACAAAUGCUUGUCACGCUUCUCUGUCUUGAACAUUUUCUUUGUGCAUCAGCUGCAAUAAAUUAUUGUCAUCAGUCACACAUCUUCUGCAUCAUAUUAAAUGUUAUAUUUAUCUCUGUUAUCUACAAGAAUAUCAAUGAUAUGAACUUCAAUAAUAAUCAGUACU